AUGAAGGGAAAGACUAAAGGUCAAGCAAAGAAAAAUCAACAUGAGCAAACCCUUAACGAUGAUCAAAUUACUGACAAGACGAAAAUCAAUGAAGAAGAAGAGAAAAGAGACAAACCUGAGAAGAUCGACGAAGAGAAUGAUAGGCACAAAAGAAGAAGUCAAAAUCUAAAACACCACAAAGAGAUGAUUUAUCGCACCGAUGCUAGCCUUAUCAAAGAUGACAAAUGGGGACUUAAUGUUAUAUACAUGGAGAACGGCGACACCAUAAUUAACACCGGAAUAGAGAGAAUGAAUGGCCUAAACCACCCACUGGAAGCAAAAGUCAUGGCGCUCUGCAUGGCAAUGAAGUGUGCAAUUUUAGAGGAUUUUAGUAAAGUGGACUUCGAAUCGGACAAUGAAACCAUCAUCAACAUCAUACUGAAGGAGAACGGCGGCGGAAGCCCUGUAUCUAGGGUUAGAGAAACGAUGAUGAAGAUGAAGAGAUACAAAGAAAAUUUUGUAGAGAUUAGUUUUAAUCAUAUUAAAAUUUCCCGUCCACGUCUCGAGUUUUGUUACGGGGGAUUUUGCCCCCAUCCCCAUCUGUGUCUCGGGUCCUGCUACGGGAAAUUUUGUCUCCCAUCCCUGUCUCUACGGAUUUCCGUGGGUCUCUACGGAUCUCCAAGUCUCACUAGUCACUCUCAACCUCAAGGGUCCAUUUCAGAUUCAAACACAUUUAUACCAUUUUUCUACCUUUGCUUCAUAAACACCCCAAUACAAACCAAAAUCAAAACCCCCCAAAAAAUAAGGUUCUUCUUCUGCUUAGUGGUUGCUCACCCAUAUUCCCAAUUUGUGGGAAUUGGUAAUUGUCAACAAGCAAUGAAUCCUCCAAUUUGUGCCCCUUCAUCUUCUUCUUGCUCAUAUAUUCGUCCUCAUUCAUGCCUCACUUGUGCUUCUCGAAAUUUCAAGUUUCCUAUGCUAUUGCCACAGGCAAUAUGUACUACUCAAAAGGCGUAUCGCUGCUCUGGAGGCCAUGUGGAGGCUUCUAUUAAUGCUAAUCCGUUGAGAACUUGCAUAGUCGGCAAAUUUACUCCAGGAUGGUCUGAAGUACAACCCUUGGUUUCCAAACGAUCGCUCAACAGGCACCUGUUACCUGUGGAAGCUUUAGUAACUUCAACAGCUCAAGAUGUUUCUGGUACACCUCUGAUUGGUGAUGAUAAGAUCGGAGUUUUAUUGUUAAACCUUGGAGGUCCAGAGACUCUAGACGAUGUGCAGCCUUUUUUGUUUAACCUUUUUGCCGAUCCAGAUAUUAUACGAUUGCCGAGGUUAUUUACUUUUCUUCAGAAGCCAUUGGCUCAAUUCGUAUCUGUUUUAAGAGCACCAAAGAGCAAAGAAGGCUACGCUUCCAUUGGUGGUGGAUCCCCUCUUAGACGCAUGACUGAUGCACAGGCUGAAGAGUUAAGAAAAUCUCUAUCAGAAAAGAAUGUCCCAGCCAAUGUGUAUGUUGGCAUGCGUUACUGGCAUCCAUUCACCGAAGAGGCUAUUGAGCUGAUUAAACGAGAUGGAAUUACAAAGCUUGUUGUGCUUCCACUUUAUCCACAAUUUUCAAUUUCAACCAGUGGUUCAAGUCUGCGUCUCUUGGAGAGUAUAUUCAGAGACGAUGAGUAUCUAGUCAACAUGCAGCACACGGUAAUACCUUCGUGGUACCAACGUGAAGGAUACAUAAAAGCCAUGGGAAAUUUAAUUGAAAAAGAGCUGAAGAGUUUCGAUAGCCCAGAGAAGGUCAUGAUAUUCUUUAGUGCACACGGGGUGCCGGUUGCUUAUGUGGAAGAGGCUGGUGAUCCAUACAAGGCGGAGAUGGAGGAAUGCGUGGAUUUGAUCAUGGAAGAGCUUGAGAAAAGAAAGAUAUCUAAUGCAUAUACACUUGCUUAUCAGAGUAGAGUCGGACCUGUGGAAUGGUUAAAACCCUAUACCGAUGAGACAAUAAUUGAACUUGGGAAAAAGGGAGUAAAAAGUUUGCUGGCUGUACCAAUUAGCUUUGUCAGUGAACAUAUUGAAACACUAGAAGAAAUUGAUGUUGAGUACAAAGAACUGGCAUUAGAAUCUGGAAUAGAAAAAUGGGGCCGUGUGCCUGCUCUCGGAUGUGAACCCACUUUCAUUUCAGACUUGGCAGAUGCUGUAAUUGAGAGUCUCCCGUAUGUUGGUGCAAUGGCUGUUUCAAACCUUGAAGCUCGACAGUCUUUGGUCCCCUUGGGCAGUGUAGAAGAGUUGCUGGCAGCAUAUGACUCGCAACGUAGAGAGUUGCCUUCGCCGAUAUUGGUGUGGGAAUGGGGAUGGACAAAAAGUGCUGAAACUUGGAACGGAAGAGCAGCUAUGAUUGCAGUGCUACUUCUGUUGUUUUUAGAAGUCACCACUGGUGAGGGAUUUUUGCACCAGUGGGGAAUACUGCCCUUGUUUAGCCCCCCACUCAAUGGCAAUGGAAUUUAG